UACAUUGUGUACAUGGGAUCCCUUCCUGACAGGGAAUAUUCACCUUCCACUCACCACCUUGGUUUGCUUCAACAAGCUUAUGGGGGCAAUUUUGCACCUAAAUCCUUGGUUAGAAGCUACAAAAGGAGUUUCAAUGGAUUUGCAGCCCUGCUUAGUGAUAAAGAGCGAGAGAAGUUGGCUAGCUUGGAAGGAGUAGAGUCAGUUUUUCCAAGUAGAGAACUCCAACUUCAGACUACAAGAUCCUGGGACUUCAUGGGCUUCUCCAAGAAUGUUAAGAGAAAUCAUAUGACUGAGAGUAAUGUCAUCAUUGGUGUCAUUGAUACCGGAAUCUGGCCUGAAUCACCUAGUUUCAACGACAAUGGCUUCGGUCCUCCUCCAAGGAAAUGGAAGGGUGCUUGUGAAGGAGGCAGAAAUUUUACUUGCAACAACAAGAUAAUUGGAGCUCGGCAUUACAACACAAACCCAGAUCCAGCAUUAAAAUCUUCAAAAGUAGAUUCUGCACGGGACACUUUGGGUCAUGGGACCCAUACGGCCUCAACAGCAGCCGGAAACGCCGUAGACGGCGCGAGCUUCUAUGGAUUGGCGCAAGGGACUGCAAGAGGAGGGGUCCCCUCGGCCAGGAUUGCUGCAUACAAAGUGUGCGGUCCCACUAGUUGCUAUGAAGAUGACAUUUUGGCAGCCUUUGAUGAUGCUAUUGCUGAUGGGGUUGACAUCCUCACUGUUUCAAUAGGAGGAUCGGAUCCAGUUGAAAUGUUCAAAGAUGCCGUUGCAAUUGGUGCUUUUCACGCCAUGGAGAAAGGAAUACUAACUUUUAAUGCUGCUGGUAAUUCUGGUCCCGAUCUAGCAACAACUACUAGCGUCGCGCCAUGGAUGCUUAGUGUGGCAGCCAGCUCUACCGAUCGCCACAUGAUUAGCAGGGUUGUUCUUGGCAACAGAGCAUCAUUAACUGGUAUUGCAAUUAAUUCGUUUGGAUUAAUGAAAAGAAUGAUGUUUCCUCUGGUAUAUGGAAAAGAUGCUACAAGUAAUUGCAGUGAAGAGGGUGCACGGUUGUGUAUGGAGGGUUGUUUAGACAAUAGACUUGUGAAAGGAAAGAUUGUGGUAUGCGAUGGUGUUAUGGGAGUUGCUGAAGCUAUUAGAGCAGGUGCCCUUGGCUCAAUCGCUUUGGGUGAUGAUUUUGUAGAAGAUGUUGCACAAAAUUUCCCCUUACCUGCAUCAGUAUUGAAUGAACAAAACUAUAAUUUGCUCCUAUCCUACUAUAAUUCCACAAGUAAACCUCAAGCAUACAUAUUGAAAAGUGAAGCUACAAUUGACCCUUCUGCUCCUCUAGUCGUUUCUUUCUCUUCACGAGGGCCAAACCGAAUCAUACCACAAAUAUUGAAGCCCGAUAUAUCUGCCCCAGGAGUUGAUAUCUUGGCUGCAUAUUCACCCUUUGCUCCGCCUUCAAAUUAUUUAAAUGAUAAGAGAUCUACCCUAUACAAUAUGGUAUCUGGAACAUCCAUGGCCUGCCCUCAUGUUGCUGGCGCAGCCGCUUAUCUUAAGUCAUUGCAUCCUCGAUGGUCUCCUUCCGCCAUCAAAUCUGCUCUUAUGACUACAGCUUGGACUAUGAAUUCCACCACAAAUAAAGAUGGUGAAUUGUCUUACGGAGCGGGACAUAUCAACCCGAUAAAAGCUGCAGAUCCUGGACUAGUUUAUGAGGCCUUUAGAGAUGACUACAUAAAAAUGCUUUGUGAUAUGGGUUAUGAUAUGAAGAUGAUCAGAACAAUAACAGGGGAUAUGAGUAGUUGUCCAAAGGGACAUAAAGGGUCACCGAAGGAUCUCAACUACCCUUCAAUGGCAAGUCAAGUUGACGAAUACAAAUCUUUUACUCUGAGGUUUCCUAGAACUGUCACAAACGUUGGGCGUGCUAAUUCCACUUACAAAGCAAAAGUCACAAUGGCGGAUUCGAAGAUUCGAGUUGGUGUGAGGCCUAGUGUUCUCUCUUUCGAGGCAUUGUAUGAGAAGAAAUCUUUUGUUGUCACAGUUGUUUCUCCUCCUGGAGAAGGAGUGCAUGGACUGAUGUCUGGUUCGCUGGUGUGGUCCGAUGGCACUCAUGUGGUGCGAAGCCCCAUUGUUGCUUACACACCUAUACGUACAUCAGUAUAAUUAAGUACAAUUAUUAUUAGCAUUUCAUCUUAUUAGUUUCAAACUCUCUUGUAACCAUGAUCUAUUCAAU